AUGGAUAGAACAACGCUACCAGUGGCAUGCCCAUCCGAUACGCAAGCUGAUGGAGCAUGUGGUGUUCUUGCGGGAGGACGGGACGGUGGAGAACAUCAUCAGAGGAAACAAAGCGUUCAACCAUCAAACUGGGUUGCUUCGCCCAUUGAAAUGAUACUGCUAAAGUGUGUGCUCGGCGAAGUGGAGGGCUCUUCUGAGGAACUUCAGUGGCAGCGCAUGCGUUUGAGUGGACUUGGUCCAUCGCUUUUGGUGCUCGCCCGGCGCGUGGAGUUGGAAGACGUGACAGAAACUGAUGCAAGAUGCUAUGCACUCGAAGUGCCACCCAAGUUAGAGGUGCCGCCCGUUGUGCGUCAACUUUUAGCAUCAACUCUUACAUGUGGCGAUUUACGUGUGUCUUUGCAGUUCCACUGGGCCCACUCCCUCGAAACGUCGAACACGCCCCGACGAAACCGAAUGGAUUCUCCUGCUCCACGUUUCGUAUUUUUCGUUAAGACUGACCGAAGCGUUACGAUUCCAACAGUCAGCUCAGUGCUCUUGAGUAGCGAUGGAGGAAGCAAGCAAGAGCAAGAUACGGGUUGCGGAGGAACUGACUUCCCUAGUGAAAAAUUCGCUAUAGGGGAAUCUACGCGACUCCUACUAACACUUCUCAGGCAAACAUCGCUAUGGAAUAUGGCCUUCCUCAAUCACAGCGGUGUACAGGGAAGUUUUUGCAACGUGAUUCAAAAGUUGGGCAACCACGAUGGUAAGACCCGGCAGGUGGAACAAGUUGUGCAAGCCAUAUGCUAUUUACAUAGGGUGUUGAAGGAACGGCAACAGGAAGAAGGAAAGGAAGUGGAUAACCUCAUGGAGAUUAUUUUUGGGUGGUCACAGAUGAUGCAUGAAACACUUUCUGCUCCAAUCAGUACUUCCGCCCACCCCGCCACCGACGAGAUAAGUUUCCUACACGUUAGAGAACCCACAUGCUACGACGAUUGUGACGAUUUUGGACCCCCGAAAACACUCCAAACGGGGCGCGGCACGGAUAAGGGGGAGAGGACAUCCCAUGCUAAGGGUACGAUGCCAUCAGUAAAGGCGCUGACUCCGCCAAGUUUUAUACCUACGAUGCUGCGUUCGGUGUCGACGUGGUCCGCUGCAACCUCAACCCUCGGCGCGGAGGAAAGUGUGGGGGAUGUGUCUUCAGGCCAGCAACAGCAGCAGAUGCAGGAGGAACUUGGCAACAUUGCCGAUGAUGGCCGUCGCGUCCCCGAGGUCAAGCAGGAUAAGGAACUAUACCCCGUAUUGUCGGUUUGUACAGAUGUUCUCGUGGAUGCCUUCCACCUCCAGGGGAAUCAACAACAUGUCUUAAAAACUGAGUGGAGUUUGGGUGAUGGAAGAAGGGCGGGUACGCCGGAGUCAUCGUCCGCAGCAGCUUACGCUGCAACUAGUAACAGCCUCGAAGAGCAGCUUCCUGCCGUUUCAAAAUCUGAUAGCAGUGACGACAAUGAGAAGGCGGAGCAUGCUAUAGCAGCUGAACGGGGCGGUAACACCAACAGCACCAUCAAGACGAAGUGCAGUGGUGCCAUCACGGGAGGAUUUCUCCCCUCUUUAACUCUCCGCCUAGCGAGUGGGCUAUUCUCCCCGGACGUAGGGAGGCAAUAUAGGCGCCGUUUAUCGGCACUCGCGAGGGGCGAUUUCUUUCCUAGUCGCAGAGCAAUGGAAAAAGCAGACUUACUUCAGCGGCGCCUACAAAAAACUACAAAAGUUUGGUUUUAUGACCUGUUCCCUCAGCAUCUGCUGGCCGCAAGUGACGCGACCACCAACGCUGGGGGGACGGCUGCUCUGUAUAACUCAGGUACCGGGCUGUCACCCGGUGGUGUUGGCGUUAAAGCUAACAGCGGUCACCCCUGUUAUUUAUAUCUAACCGAAACUGACAUUAUUUUAGCCAGUGCAUUUGACAACAUCAACAGGCGACAGGCAUCCGUUGGCCGUGGGGAGGAACGGGUAGCGUUAAGAACAGAGAAGACGUCACGCAGCAACGAAGUGACAAACAUCAAAAGUAGAGUUGUCAGCGACAGUGAGCGCAGUGGUAACAGCGACAACACCAAUGAGGGUUCUUGCGAGCCGCCGUUUUCUCCCUAUGGCAGUGAUAGUGAGGAUAACCCUACCAGCCAUUUCAACGGUGAUUCCUCCGAUUCCAAAGAUUAUAUAAGGCUCAGACUCGUAUUUCCUCGUGUUUCUUUAGCGGAUGUGCAGUGGCUGACCACCAGGGAUGGAACGCCUUCAACCGUUCUUCUGCUGCAAACCCGGGCAUGUCGCCGCGUGUGGCUAGCAUUUCAUGGGAUAGAUGCGGUGAGUGCGGUCCAUAGCGAGUUAAUUGCGCCAAUGACAUCCUCAUACGGAAACCGACUAUUGGCCAGCGCUCGCCGACCUUGGCGUAUGGUCGGCUUAGUGCUAACAGCUGGUGAUGUCCUACCGAAUCCAUACACUCCGUUUUAUCUGCAGGUUAUCCGAAAUAUUCUCACUGCAUUUGUCGAUUUGGAGGAACGAGGAGGGCAGAAAGAGGAGGAAAGAAGAGAUAAGCGUGAAUGUGAGUAUGAGUGUGAAGAUAGUACCCAAGGGCGAGCACACCAUUGGUGGCUUUACUCUGUGGCAGAGGAAUUUGAAAGGCAGGAUAUUCCCCUGAAGCAGUGGAGAAUAACUGAUAUUAACAUAGACCACAAGCACUUUACAACGUAUCCGGAGCGUUUUGUUGUACCGAACAGUCUACACGACGACAGGCUGUUGCACACAGCACGGCUUCGUGGACGUGGGCGUGUGGAGGCACUUUCAUUUUAUUAUUCAGCGAGCGAAGCGGGGCUUGUUCGUGCCGCACAGCCCGCUGUUAUACCGGCGCUUUAUGCAUCGGCCGCUUCCGCAAAGGCACUGACUGACCCUGUGGAAGAGUACCGAAACGCUUGCAUGCGUCCCGUGCACAUUUUUGACCUCCGCAGUGGUAUACGUGCGUUAAGCAGUACGCUUGUGGGAGGGGGCUUUUCGCUGGGUGAAAACAGACGCUUCUGCUCACUUGAGAACAUUCACCAUGUACGCGAAAGUUAUGAUUCACUCUGUGAAGAAAUAUUUACCCACAAUCCGAACUUUCCCACAGCCGUGAUGAAAUGCGCUACGGCUCCAAAGAGGCAGAACACCCAAGCGGGGGGACCAACCUCAUCACUCGCCCAACUGCGAGCGCAAGAGAACCAACCGCUUGGCAAAGCCAAAAUGGCAUGGGUGGAACACAUCCGUGGAUUACUGCGCACCGCUGAGGAUGCCGCUCGUCUAGUGGCUGGUGUAUCGGAGGAAAAUGCCCUUUUCCCGGCCAAAACAGAUGUUGGCACCUCCUCCACCAUGUAUAUGUGGAUGAGAGCAUUCCACUCUGUAUGUCGGAACAUUGGUGGUGUGAAGUCUGCUGCACCGCUCCCCACCGAAUCACAACAGAUACCCUCGUACACGCCACUGCAGAGUCGGAAGGAUGCGCGUUUAGUAAUGGUGAACUGCUCCGAUGGGUGGGACCGUACACCGCAGGUCUGUGCUUUAUCGCAACUCCUCCUCGACCCAUACUACCGCACGGUAGAAGGCUUUCUCAUACUGGUGGAGAAGGAGUUUGUUGCCUUUGGUCACCCUUUUGCCACCCGCUCUACGUGCACAGCUACAGGAAAGAAGAGCCAGUGGGACACACAAAAUGGUAGCAGCGCCGUUUCCGAAGGUAGUGGAAACUGCAACAACGGUGGCGGAAACGGGGACACAUUUGACGAAAAGGAGAGUUCCUCACCCAGUGGCUCACCGCAUACUCUGUUGGGUGGAAAGCAGAACUCACCCAUUAUGCUACAGUUUAUUGAUGCCGUAUACCAGCUCCUUCGCAUCUACCCGCACUGCUUCGAAUUUACGGAAAAUUUUCUUCUUCUGAUUGUCGACAUCCUUAACGCGGGCAUCGUAGGUACCUUCGCGGUGAAUUGUGAGGCUGACAUCAAGCGGUGGGGGGUGGAAAAACACACACUUUCGCUCAGUCAACUCAUAGCUCUCGUUCUCGCGACAACCAUUCCAACAGAAGGGGAACAGCUGACUUCGCUAGAAUCAUCUAUAGACGUGCGGAGGGCGUAUGAUGACGGGGAGUACAGAGUGACGAACGCAUCGGUAGAUACAGAAGCCACCACAUCACCUUGCUCUCAUCCCAUCCCCCUGCAAUCCUUUUUCAAAGUGGGUUAUGGCGGUUCAUCAAUUUAUACUCCCAACUGGUGCCCGGCGGUGGGUAAGUUUUCUUCACUAUGUAAGCCACGACGUUUAUGUAUUUCGAGUGAUGCUCUCAUGUACUCCGGUCUGCUGAACCCACAUUUCUCGUUGGCUGACAACAAGGAAUGUGUUGGGCCUCUGCUCGAUCCACUUCCCCUAGAUGGCAUUACCUUGUGGGAGCGUUUCUUUAUGCGUUAUAGCUUCUGCUACGAAAGACCGCAGAGACUGCGGAGGUUUAGUGAGCAGAGCCCAUCUACGUACCAUGCGGUCACUGUUGCUUCACUAAGGGAUAGCUUCUCAUCAACGUCACAGCGGUAUUUCCACUUAGCGGUGGAGAGCGAACAACGCCAUAGUGACGAGGGGAAGCGGUUAGCGGCGACAAAUGCGGGACCAGUGGAAUGUUGUUCGUGUGCAUCUGCCAGCCACAGCUCCCCAGCCGAAGGUCGAGAGGGUCUUGAAAGUGGUCAACAGCCAUUUACAGGUUGUACAACCAAUCAGCGCAUAACGCGUAGCCAGCCGGUCAUACACUGUGGAGUGAAUAGAGGUGGAGGUGCUGCCUUCACGCCACCCGCUAGAUUAGCGGGGCAUCAUAGUCCCGUACCCAUGGGUGCGGGCGAUCCCUUUCUCAGACGUUCCUUCUCACAUGCCGCUCUGUGUGAAAGCACGUAUUCAGCACGCGGUCAGAUCAGUCGCCGUCGCAGUGGUAAUAACAGCUGUGGAAGGCUCGAGGGUAGUGAGUGCAGCAGUGGGGCAAGUAAAAGCUGUGCGCUGCGUCAGCGGGACCCCGGCCAACAGUUAACCAAAUCACGAAGUUUGCCCUUUUUGGAUGAACGAUGGAGCAGUUUGCAGCAGAAGGCCGCGCCAGCUGGUGAGGAAAGCAGAGUAGGGCGGCCAUUUUCACUCACAUCUUCGCUGGGUGAAGGAUCUAUAAAUUCGCCGAGCGGCACUGGAACGGAGGCGAGACGCUCACAACAACAAACCCCUGCGGUAACACCACCGGAACCAGCCGCGCCUCGUCUACACGGUGGAUACGAGUCUCUUCUGGAUGAACUGGAGGAGGCCUUUGAUAUAUAG